UAAUCUUUUAAACGUUUUUGUUAAUUUAAUUAUGUUAAUAAAAUAUUAUUAUUAUUUUUAAUUAAUUUAAUUAUUAAAAAAAAAUAUAUACAAAAGGGAAAAAAUCGACUAAAAUUUCCCCCAAGCUCGAUGAACCCUAAUUGCUGUCUCCUCCUUUAGCGAUAGAGAGAAAGAACGAUUUGAAGGGGAUCUCGCCGUCGCCGGUGUCGUUUUGGCCGGUAAUACUCCGCCGGUGUUCUUCUUCUUCUUAAUCGAAGUCUCAGAGACCUCGUCUCACUUGGCGACUCGUUCUCAAUUAAGUCGCCGAAGACCGCUGAAGCUCGUACCUCGCCGAUAACUGAACUCGUGCCUCACCGCUCCGCUCUCACUCUCUCAGCCAUAGUUUCAAGCAAACCAAUCGAUUCUCCUCAGGUUUGUUUAUGAAUUUUUUGCAUGUCUUUGUAUCUCUUACUUGAGCUUGUUUAAGAUCGAUUUUGAAUGUCAUAAGUUUCGAUUCUUUUUUCUGUGAAUUAUUAUUUAGGCUUCAAUCUUAUCAAAAUUUCCUACUUUUUUGAGCUUUGGUUAAUUUGUUUUUGUAGCAACCGAUCUCUAGUAACUCUUGUUUUAUCUUGUGAAUUAUAUUAUGAUGCAUGCGUUUAUAAAUAUUGACUGUAGUGAUUGUGUUUCUUGCAUUGUUUAUAGGUAUGACGAUUGAUCAGUUGCCUAAAUGCUUAUUCAAAGAGGGAACUGAAACACAAGUUGAGAAGGUCAACAACAGUUGUCGAACUUCCAUACUUGCGAAGGUGGCGAAGUACUGUCCAGACGAGUACAAAGAAGUGUCGGAGGAUCCGCUAUUUGCUCAGAUUGUGGCCAUUCAUGUACACAAGCUUCAGUUUUCGGCAAGAGCGAUCCACACCUUCGUUUGCAAGCAGCUUCUGUCCGCAAAGCGUUAUGAGUUGUGGUUCCAUUAUGCUAGGAGGCCUCUCAGAUUUUCAAUGCAAGAAUUCUAUGCCAUCACAGGUUUGAAAUACAAUGACGAGCCCGACUUGGAGAUUGAUGACUGGGAAUAUGAUGGAGGGUUUUGGAGUAAGUUGCUAAGGAGACAGAAAAAUAUUUCGGUUCAGCAAAUCAGGAAGGUUCAUGUGAAGUUGUGUAAUACAUGGUCUCGUGUUGAUAGGCUGCGGUUGGUCUAUUUGUGUGUGAUUGCUGGUAUUCUUAUGGCGAAGGAUGAGAAGGUGUGGAUCCCAUACAAGUACAUCAAGCUCGUGAUGAACUUCGAGAAGAUGAGGAAAUAUCCGUGGGGUCUUCACUCUUUUGAUAUGCUGGUGAGUUCCAUUAUCAACGCUAGGGAUAAAGUGAAGACGCAAAACAGUUAUGUCGUAGAUGGAUUCUCGUAUGCACUUCAGAUUUGGUUGAUGGAAGCUGUUCCGGACAUUGGGUCUCUUUUGGGUCAGAAACUGAGAGAAGGCGUGAAAACCAUGAGGUGCAGAAAUUGGAAAGGAUCUGCUAAGAUUUCCUAUGAGGAUAUUAUUACCAUAGAGUCUAAUUUUGCUUCCACCGGAGAUGUGUUUCCAUCCAUUUCUACAUCUGGAAAUUUCAAAGACGUGAUUACUGAUGCCGAGUUUGUUCGAGUCUGUGAGAUGAAGGAUGAAAGAGUUGAUCUAAUCAUUGACAUGCAGCGAAACAAGUAUGACUGGAGUAAGCAUGUUUGGGCUUAUAAGGAAACAGUGAAACCAUUUCAGUACAGUUCUGAGGAAGAUGGUUCAGAUGAGGAAGCGGCUGUAGAGACAAGUGAAACUGACAUUGAAGAAGAAAUAGAAAGCACCCGUGUGUCUCCUACUAAGAAGAGGAAGAACAGGUCUCGGGAUACUGGUGCGGAGUCGAGGAAGAAGAGGUUACUUUGCCAAAGAUCAACCGAGAAAUAUAGAGAUCUUGAAGAGGAAAUGAAGUCCUAUAUCCAGAGUAUGUUUAACUCUUCUUUUACUGCCUUAGGCCUCGAGGUACGUGAGAUUAUUGAAGACCGCUUUACCAAAUUAGAGGAGAAGAUCCUUUCAUCUCAGACUCAGGGUGGUGCACCUGCUAAUACUCAGACUCGUGGUACUGAUCCGUUUUGGACUCCUUCUGCUGCUGCUGCUGAUCUUGCUCCUUCUCGCAGUGCGGCUUCUGCUCCUUAUCGCAGUCGAGCUUCUGCGACUGCUCACAAUGGUGGUCCUGCGAAUGCUGCGAAGACAAGGUCUCAGACAAAGGAUGCAGAUUUGUCUGAUGUGUUUGGCAGCUUAUUUAGCACCUUAGAUGUGAAUAUAGGGACCCAAGAGUACUUACAGAAGACAAUGGGUAACCUUACACAAGAGUCAAAUGUUGACGGUUUUGAUCCAUCUCAAGACAAGCAGUCCGAAGGACCUUCUGAUUUCACUACGCCAAUGACUUCUUUUCGGCCACAGAUCUUCAAAACACCUUUCUUGAUUGAUAGUGAUGAUAUAGAAGUUCGUUGCAAAGCGAAAGACUACGAAUUAGUUUUCCUUCCAGAAGACAAAUGGGCCAAACUAACUGAAUGGACAUUGAAUCCCACAGUACUUCAGAUUGGGUCAUCUACAUUUGAUGCAGAGUUAGCCUCGCGGAUUAUUGGGCCUAAUAUUUGGUUGAAGAACUUUGACAUGGACGCCAUGAUGUAUUUGUUUCGGGAGAAAACCACAUUGCGUCGGUGGAGUCCAGACCGAGUCGCAUUUUUGAACUGUAUGUUCAGUAAUCAGAUUAUCACGGCCUAUGGGAAGUUAGAUGGAAACAGGAGAGGGUACAAAAUCGACGACAAUUUUCUCGAGUAUGGAAGAGGCGAGCUUCCAUAUCAUGGAAGCACAGGUUCAGUAUGGAGCGUUGAUGUCGAUCGUCUCUACAUCCCUAUAUGUGUUAACCAAAUCCACUGGAUCUCUAUUUGCGUCAAUCUUGUGAACCGGACAAUUGAUGUCUUCGAUUGUGGGGGUAAGAAGAACAACAGGGUCAUCGAAGCUUUUGCCGUCCUCAUUCCACGAAUCGUCAAGGCAGUCCAGUCGCCAGAGAGGAAGAAAGAUUUCAAUGUGAAACAGUAUACUGUUUCAUAUGUCCCCAUGCGCGGCCUAAACAUGAGUGGUAAUGAUUGUGGUGCUUAUUCAUUGAAGUUCAUAGAGUGCCAUCUACUUGGAUUAGAUUUCUCAUUGGUGAACGACGAGAACAUCAAAGAAGCCCGACACAAGAUAGCUUUUGAUCUUUGGGAAGCAGCAAAUGAUGCGGUCUUGCAAUCUCGGAUGUCUACAUUUAAGCCUCCAAAACGUGCUCCGGUGAAACCUGUUGACCUCGGUUAA